CCAAAUCCUGAACUUGGUGAGGAGAAUAUCUGAACUUCCGUGGCUCUGUCAGAUCUCUGCGACAAAAGACCAGUUGCUGCCACUGUGUGCAGGUCUAUCAUACCUGGAGGAUGAUUUCUUUGGCCAGAUCCGCCCUCAGCAGCCUCCAGACUCGAAGUGUUCAGCAGAUGAUGGUGAGAUGGAGCCACACAAAGCAGAACCAGGAUUUUCAUGACAAAUAUGGCAAUGCUGUGCUCACUAGUGGCUUCUUUUUCUGUGUGGUCACCUUCGGGUUUUACAUAACACAGAUGGGAGUGAAAUGGAACCUGUCUCCUGUUGGCAGAGUUACCCCCAAAAGGUGGAAUUAUGACUAAUUCUUACAAUUCAUGUAAUAAAGAAUUGUCACAAAACCCACUUGCCAUGUGAGCAUUAAGCCCCUUAUGAAAAUAUAGCAUAAGAAAGAAAUAAAGUU